AUGGCUUCGACAUCGCAAGAUCAACCCCAGAAUGGUGCUGCUGUAGCGUCCGCCCAGGACCCGGCUCCGGCCGUCAAGUCUGACCUGCAGCUCCCCGUCCGCACCAAGAGCGAUGCCUCUAUCCCUCCGCCGGGUCAAUCUCUGACGGGCAAGCAAGAGCACUACCUCAAGCGAGAGCUGAUCUCCGAGCAAGUCAGGUACGAAAUCUCAGAGCUCAACUCUCCCACGGCCCUAAAGCGCUUCGGCGCCCCCUUCAAAUCCGACGUCGGCGAGGUCUCCCCCUUGGACUCUGAGCUCCCUAUCCUGCGCUACAUCUUCGUUCACCAUGUUCGCGAUUUCCCGUUCCUUGACAAGGCCAAGGAGAAGGAGUUUUGGCAAGACAAGCUGCAACUGUUCCUGGAAUCCUUUGCGACGAAGAACAUUUCAUCCUCCGAAGACAGAUUGGAAGAAACGAAGAGACGCAAGUUGGCCAUAAAAUGUCAGAAGCUAGUCGAGUUGAUGAUGGUGUCGGGUUGCAAGACCUCCUCCGGCUUCGAAGAGAGGAUACGAUUUUCGGAGAUCGAGGUCGUGGACAGCAAUGCGAUUGACACGGGAGUCAUGCACACAAUGCCGGAGGGAAACUACAUCAAUGGCUGGGACGUGAAUGUCACCGCCGUGCGCAUUACUUCGGAAAGGAAGACCAUCAGGACUCACAAGCAUGCGGAAUUCCUCAUGCGCAUCCACCGCAAGGGCGAACUCGAGUUUUUCAUCGGCAGAAGGUAUGGCGAUUUUAUGAGAUUGCACAAGAGACUACGUAUAGAGUUACCCGGAAAGGUCCUCCCAACUUUACCCAAGAAGAACAAGGCGGAUACCACGACGUCGGGCCUGUUCUCCUCCCUCACUGGUGGUGGAUCUCCUGACUCUUCGGCGUCGUCAAUUUCCUCUGCAUCGACACAAAUGACCGGCCUCGCUCCCCCAAGCGAGCCUUCUAAGCUAUCAAUCAGAGGGCACAAGCGCGCAGGCUCUACCACCUCCGGCCGCAACUCACCCCGCGUGUCAACCGACAGCAGACCGAGAAGCCCUCUUCCUUUCCUCAGCAAGAAGAACAACGAGCCCGUCACGUUAUGGCGGGAGAGCCAGCGCGUUUCACUUAGGGCGUUUUUGCGCUCUCUCCUGUCAAACCCUCAGAUUGCGCAGACCAAGGCCAUGGAGGAAUUCCUCACCAAGGAUCCAAUCACGCCGACCGAUGCCGAUAUCGACGACAUUGAGCGGAGAAAGGCUGUUGACCAGUUGCGCAUGGAGGAGCAGAAGAAGUUCUACGAAAUUGCGCGGAAGCGCGCAGCGGAGCUCGACAUCUACAUGGAAGAGUUCCGUCAGGAGAUUGUUGAACGAAACGGUCUGACCUCGCUCUUCAAGGAGAUCAAGGAUAAGGAGACCAUUCAGGACCUGAGCAUCCAGUACCGCAAGUUUGCCGAGUGGUUGAGGAUAGAGGUCGCGGCUACAAUCUACCACCUGUUUCUCGCGGAGGACAACUCUCCUGAGCUGUUUGCCCAAGCUAAGAGGAUCCACUCGCUCAUUCCGUAUACCGUCAUGAAGAACGUUAUUAGAAUCGCUAAUCCCGCGGCUGUCAUGUCCGGCGUCCUGGACAUCUUCCUGGCACAACCCUUCGGCACACGCUCACUCCUGCAGCGCAUCUUUUCCCUUACGCUGAACGACGGCAUCCGGAGUUUCCAGAAGUCCAUUGACACUCUUGCUGCCAAGAUUGGCGAUGAGGUCCUGACCAAGAAACUGAAGAUGUACACGGAAGCAGAGGACCACAUUAAGGUGGCUAUUCGGGAGGAAGCUCAGUCGGAGGACAUGGACAUUAUUGUCGUUAUUCUGCGCUCGGAGUACCUUGAGCCUGCCUUGACCUCGGAGCAAAUCGGCCGACUGUACAACGCUUACGUGGCAUUCAACAACGCGGUCGAGAACGUGGAUGAAGAGCUCAAACAGGGCGCGCAACUGUUUUCGUACCUUAAGCAGUUCUUGAAACUGUGCACGAGGCAGCACGACAAGGCGAUGAUGUUGCAGUUGGUCGAGGAGCCAGUAACUCUCCAGCUCUUUAGGGAUCUCUUCACCAUCUUCUACGAGCCGCUUGUCAGGGUUUACAAGUCUGCGAACGUUUACAACAGCGUCACCGACUUCGCCGUCUUUAUCGACGACAUGAUUCAGGUUGUCGAGAAAUGCCAGGAGCAGGACGCUUCCGCGGACCCGAACCAGACUGUGCAAGCGUUCAUCGAUCUCUGCCAGAGGCACGAGCACAACUUCUACAAGUUCGUGCAUGAAGUUCACACACAUGACAAUGGACUCUUCGACCAGUUGAUGGGUUGGAUAGAAGACAUCCUGGAAUUCCUCAGAAAGGGCCCCAAGAAUGGCACUUUGAACAUCAACGCGCUAUUCGAGGGAGGUGUUAGCUCAGGUGCGAUCGACAAGGCCAAGGUCAUCGAAGAAGUGAACGCACUCAUCGCCUGGCAAGAGGCCAGGAAGAAGUGGCACCAUGACAAGACACGGCAAAAGAUGGCUGCUGAGGGUAACGGCGGCCCAGAUCUCGUACCCACGGGCUUCUCUUCCUCCGAUUUCGGUCUUGAUCAACAAGAUCUUCAGGAUAUGGCUUACGAGGAUGAAGAAGACGACGAGGCGGAGGCAGAAGAGGAAGACGAGCUCGACCCUAUUGAGGCCGAGCGUCGACGUCGCGCUAAGAGACGCGACAGGCUUCGCCGGAGCGCUGGCGAACCGGUCAAGCCGCCAGUGUCUGAGGUUCAUAAACUCAAGGAAAACUUCCUUGUCAUGUUGCGCGAGGUUCUUGCCGAGUAA